GUGAAGUACACAGUAUACGUUCAUCGCGCUGUGCAGGAAAGUGAGCGGCGUUUCAGGGAACGGAAAGGUAAGGUGAGAACACCAUCAUGAGCACGUGCACACAAGCCAAGAGGCUGGAGGCUGCCGGACAGUCUCACCUCCUGCAGUUCUGGGACGAGCUGAGCGCGGCGGAGCAGGCCGAGAUGAGCCGUGACCUGGAGGACAUGGACUUGGAGGAGAUCGAUGGCUUCUUCCGCACGGCCAUGUCAACCUCCUGCCAGGCCUCGCAGGAGAAACUGGAUAGCCGUAUGGAGCCGGUGCCUGUAGAGGUGCUGGGCAGUGUCACCCGGGACCGGGAGAGGCUCCACAGCUGGGAGAAGGAAGGGCUCCUUCGCAUUUCUCAGAACAAAGUGGCCGUUCUUCUGCUGGCUGGCGGUCAGGGCACUCGGCUGGGAGUGUCCUACCCGAAGGGGAUGUACGAUAUCGGCCUGCUGUCCCACAAAACCCUCUUUCAGAUCCAAGCUGAGAGAAUACUGAAGCUUCAACAGCUCGCUGAGCGGGAGCACAAGUCCCAGUGCUGCAUACCGUGGUAUAUAAUGACCAGCGGCCGAACUAUGGAAUCCACCAAAGAGUUCUUCUCCCAGCACAAUUACUUUGGCCUGAACAGGGAAAAUGUGAUCCUGUUCCAACAAGGAAUGCUUCCAGCCAUGGAUUACAAUGGGAAGAUCAUUCUCGAAGGAAAAGGCAAAAUUUCCAUGGCACCAGAUGGAAACGGAGGCCUUUACAAAGCACUCGGGGCACAGAAGAUUUUGGAAGACAUGGAGCAAAGAGGGAUCGAAUAUAUCCAUGUCUACUGUGUGGACAACGUCCUGGUCAAGGUGGCAGAUCCCACCUUUAUUGGCUUCUGUGUGCAAAAUGGUGCGGACUGCGGAGCCAAGGUCGUGGAGAAGGUCAACCCCUCGGAGCCCGUCGGUGUCGUCUGUAAAGUUGACGGCCGCUUCCAGGUGGUGGAGUACAGCGAGAUCACCCAGGUGACCGCAGAGAAGCGCAGCUCAGAUGGUCGGCUGAUGUUCAACGCAGGAAAUGUGGCGAACCACUUCUUUACCCUCUCCUUCCUCAGAGACGUCGUAAAAGUCCACGAACCCCAGCUGCAGCACCAUGUGGCGCAGAAGAAGAUCCCGUUUGUGGACCUGCGGGGACGGCUCGUCAGCCCAGACAAACCCAACGGGAUCAAAAUGGAGAAGUUUGUCUUUGACAUCUUCCAGUUUGCCAAGAAAUUUGUUGUGUUUGAGGUCCUGCGGGAGGAUGAGUUCUCCCCAUUGAAGAACGCAGACAGCAACAGUGGGAAGGACAACCCCACAACGGCGCGCAAUGCCCUCAUAUCGCUGCACCGCCGCUGGGUCCUGAACGCUGGCGGGCGCUUCAUCGACGAGGCUGGGGCUCCUGUCCCGGUCAGUCCCAGUCUGAAGGAUGUCACUGACCAGACAGUCAAGUGUGAGAUUUCUCCACUGCUCUCAUAUGGAGGAGAGGGCUUGGAAGAACUAGUACAAGGCAGGAAUUUCCGUCAUCCUCUAGUCAUCGACAAUAAGGGUGCCCAUGAGCUCCUGAAGAACGGGCAUUGACGCUGAAGUACAAAGACAGCUGAAGGAACCGUCAUAAAACAAUCUCAUCUUUUUACCCGUCCUAUUUGCUGACUUAAGGCCAGAAACCUGGAUACUUCCGUGUAAUAAAAUGCAGGACUUCAGCUUUUAGCUAUUAGUCUGAAUGAGGGUUAUAAAAUUAAUAUAUGUUUUGCUAUGAUGUGUUUUUAACAAUGAGGAAAAAUGAGAGAGCCUGUUUGCAUCUCUUUAGCAUUUCGUCAACGGUCUUACAACAGCUGGCACUGUUUUUAAAGAGUCAAUAUAAAUAUUGAAGUAUUUACUUAGGAUACUAGAAGGGUUUAAAGUUUUGUUUUUGUUUUCAUCUCCCAAAACUAAUGUUACCAUUUUUAUUUGCAGAAUUAUAUUAACAGAAUGUUAGUAAUUUCUUAGUUAUCUUCAUGGUGUGUCUCCAUUUUCCCUUUGUAGUGUAAGUUUUGCGAUAGACUCUUGAGGUUCAGCCAUGUAUCCAGUGGGUAACUUCUGUUGGAGAAAUAUUGGGGUAAAAUCAGGUAGCAUUUCGUAAAAGCAAAGCCCACAUGUGCCUGUCACUUAAGCCAAAGGGAAACGUCAGAUACACUUGCAUGAUUUUUGUCGACACCAGUUUUCAGUGCUGUCUUUUUUACUUAUGUGUUUGGGUUGAAUGGAUUGAACAGAUUGGAUUUUUUAAAUUUGUCAAUUUCAUUAAAUUUCUGUAAAAAUGUAAUAGAUGCAGCUUUAAAUAGAGUAUGAUUGCUUGCGGAAAUCAAGAAAAGACUGUCUAAAUCAUAUGGUAAAUCUGGAGUUAAAGUGGCUGUAUUACUACAAUGAAUUGUUAUAAGGCCAGCACUCAGAAGUAACUUUUUUUAU